GAAAAUGGCCAACUGGCCUUAAAAACCAAACAAUCUAGUUAGUAGGCGAGAAUUAGAAACUUAUUUGGUUAAUAGCAUCUCGAGCCUCUAAGGCUCGAUUUUGGUCUCAAAAUCGAGCAUUUAAGCCUCGAUUUUCUUGUGUGAUCUGGCCUGCACACGGUGGAACGGUCCAGCUGGAAAUCGAGUCUUUUAGACUCGAUUUCCACGUGAAAAUCGAGUUUCUAAGACUCGAUUUCCAGCUGGAAAACGAGUCUCACAAACUCGAUUUUAUUGUACAGUUCUGUUGCUUUAUUCGUGUCUGAUGUCUGGUCAUGUCUUGUCCCACAGCUCCAGGAUGAGCCUUUGCAGUUUGCACAUGCUCACUCAGCUCCAGAGUCAGCCUUUGCAGUUUGCACAUGCUCAUUUUCUUAUAGGAGCAACAUUUAUCAAAUUUGAAAAAGAGACCCACAUCCUUCCUCUCACUCAUUUUCAUUUCAGCAUAAACUUCAAGUCACCCCACAUCCUCAUGUCAGGUUCACAACAUCUGAAGAAUAUUGAUAUAAAUGUAUACUACGGUGGACCUCUUAACAAUCCUGGGGGGAUUGAGGGAUUUCCAUUUACAGGGCCGGGUAUCCAAUGCUACCCCAUGAUGAUACGUCGUAAGUUGAAGACGUUGAUUGAUUUGAAGUUGAAAAUAAUGGACGAAUUGAAUUUGAACUCUGCUUGGUAUGACAUCAAGAUUAUUUAUCGUUACCCACAAGAAGUCCUACAUGAACGGAUAAAUUACGGGUAUAUGGCGAUUAAAGAAGACAAACAUGUGAAGAUGAUGUUUAAUAGGAUCCAGAAAAUGCCCCAAGUAAAUGCUGCUGAGUUGUACAUAAGUUCAGAGCCGCUUGCGGAAGUUGAUACUGAGAUGGUGCAACAAACAACUACGUCUUUACAAUUUACAGCCCUUGAUGAUGGAUGCACUGCAAUGGGAGGGUAUACAAUGGGAGAUUAUAUGCUCCCAUCUCAAGAUCAUGUUGUAAAUACUGGUGAAACCCUCCAUUGUCAAGAGACACAUUUAGAGGAGGAUGACGAAGACGAAGACUAUGUUGAAGACGAAGACUAUGUUGAAGACGAAGACGAAGACGAAGACGAAGAUCAUGCUACGAAUGAUGGUGAAAGUAUUGAUGGUGUGGAUGAGUACGAAGAGAGGAUUGAACGAGGUGACCUUGAGAACGAUGUGGAUGACCAUGAAGUCGUUCCCCAUUUUGAAGAGGAAAAUAUGGAGUUCGAUGAUGAAGAUGAUGCAGACGAUGAUAUUGGCAUCCAGCGUGAUACAAAUACGACCACUGGCUACAGACCUCCUGCCGACUCAUUCUACGCAAAUACUUGGGAAAAUAUGUUUGAUCCUUCACGUCUAUUAGAACCAUUUGUUUGUACUUGGCAAGAUGGGAUGCAUUUUUGUAAAGGGUUGACUUUUGCAAAUAAAUCGGCGGUGAAACGUGCAUUGACAAUAUAUGCAGCAAAUGAUAAUAGAAAUUUUAUAACCCGGAGGUCGAACACCACAAAAUUGUGCGUCGCAUGCGUUGAUGACAACUGCAAGUGGUAUGUUGGGGCAUUCAAGAAGAAUAAACUUAAUGGUCUGUGGGUGGUCACGUCUUAUGUGGGUCCACACACUUGUAUACCCUUUGGCCUGCAAAGAGACGGUAGAAUGAUGGAUUCUAAUUUUGUUGCAUCAGAAAUUGUGGAAAAAUUGUGA